UAACUUCCUGUUGUGGAUCCACGUGGGUUUUGUGCUGAUGUUCAUGCCAGCUAACAGUAGUUCUUCAGAUUUACAUGACUGUAUGUGAUAUGUUUGAAAUCUCUGUCUGAGCGCUUUCGAGAUGCAGGUGUCUAGUGUGAAUAACGUGAAGAUAUAUAAUCUGAGUCACGGGAAAUCUCUUCCGGAGUGGCUGUCUGAUCGAAAGAAGAGAGUUUUACAGAAUAAGGAUGUUGACAUCCAGAGGAGGAUCGAGCUCAUUCAGGAUUUUGAGAUGCCCACGGUCUGCACCUCCAUCAAAGUGUCCCGAGAUGGCCAGUUCGUUUUAGCUGCAGGCACGUACAAACCUAGAGUCCGAUGCUAUGACACUUACCAGUUGUCUCUGAAGUUUGAGAGGUGCCUGGACUCUGAUGUGGUGGCGUUUGACAUCUUAUCAGACGACUACUCUAAGCUGGUGUUUCUGCACAUGGACCGCAGUGUGUCGUUCCACUCUCAGCACGGGCACUACUAUAAGACCCGCAUCCCCAAGUUUGGCCGAGACUUCUCCUACCACUACCCUUCCUGCGAUCUCUACUUUGUUGGUGCCAGCUCAGAGAUCUACAGGCUGAAUCUUGAACAGGGCAGAUUCCUGAACUCCUUAAAGACAGACGCUGCGGAAAUCAACGUGUGCGACAUCAACCCCGUUCAUAACUUGUUUGCUGCGGGAACAUUAGAGGGCAGAGUGGACUGCUGGGAUCCUCGUGUCCGGGGCCGAGUGGGCGUUCUGGACUGCGCUCUCAGCAGCAUCACUGACGCCACUGAGGUGGAAGGUCUGCCGUCCGUCAGCGCUCUGAAGUUCAACGGCUCUCUGGGAAUGGCGGUGGGCACCAGCACCGGACAGAUUCUGGUCUAUGAUCUUCGUUCUUCACAUCCUCUGCUAGUUAAAGAUCAUUACUAUGGUCUUCCCAUCAAAUCCCUUCACUUCCACGAGCCGCUGGACCUGGUGCUGUCCGCCGACUCCAAAAUCAUCAAGAUGUGGCACAAAGACAAUGGAAGAGUAUUUUCCUCCAUCGAACCGCAGGCCAACGUCAAUGAUGUGUGUCUCUACCCCGGCUCAGGUAUGCUUUUCACUGCCAAUGAAGAUCCCAAAAUGAACACCUUUUACAUUCCUGCUCUCGGUCCGGCUCCACGCUGGUGCUCCUUCCUGGAUAACCUCACCGAGGAGCUUGAGGAGAACCCGGAGAGCACCAUCUAUGACGACUACAAGUUUGUCACCCGCAAAGACCUGGAGAACCUGGGUCUGACGCAUCUGAUUGGUUCGGCUCUUCUCCGGGCCUACAUGCACGGCUUCUUCAUGGACAUCAGGCUCUACCACAAGGUAAAGACCAUGGCGAACCCGUUCGCCUAUGAAGAGUACCGUAAGGACCGAAUCCGACAGAAGAUCGAUGAGUCGAGAGCUCAGAGAGUCCAGCUCAAGAAGCUGCCUAAGGUCAAUAAGGAACUGGCCUUGAAACUCAUGGAGGAAAGUGAGCUUCCAAGCAAGAAGAGGAAGAAAAAAGCCAAUGCCGUAGACAAUCUCCUGAUGGACGACCGUUUCAAGGUGAUGUUUGAGAACCCGGAUUACCAGGUGGAUGAGCGGAGCGAGGAGUUCCGUCUGCUGAACCCCAUCGUGUCUAAAGUGGGAGAAAAGCGGAGGAAGAAACUCAGCCAGCUUGUUCAGCAAGAGGAGCAGGAUGGCGAGGAGGAGGAGGUGGAAGGCCGUGGCUCAGAGGAAGAGGAGAGCUCUGAUGAUGACGAUAAGAGCUGGGUGGAGGAGGUGAGGGUUCAGCGGCGUCUCUUACGGGCCGAGGAGCGAGAGCGCAGCUUCGUCCAGAGGAAAGAGAGGAGGCAACAGGACCGAGACACCAACUUACAGAGUUCAGAUCCAGUCGGGAACCUCCAGGGGGAGCAUCAGAACCAGAGCCAGCCUCGGUUCUACCAGAUCAAAGCAGGAGAGGAGUUUCGCAGCUUCAGCGACGUUUCCCACAAGCAGAAGAUGCAGAAGACAUCUCUGGAGGAGCGAUUGCAGCGGGAGGAGAGAUCAGGGAUGCUAAACCUCAGAGACGCAGCAGUUGGAAGCAAACAGCUCACUUUCACUCUCAAGAAGACGGAGAAGCAGCGAUUUCAACAGCAGGCUGAACGUGACCAUCAUGAGGAGAGGAGGAAGAUCAGACGGGCGGCUGGACACUUACAUUCUCAAAGGGGAGGAAGAGGAAGAGGCGGUUCGAGAGGAAGAGGCGGUGGGAGAGGAAGAGGCGGCGGGAGAGGAAGAGGAAGGAGACCCUUUUAAACUCAGGACUGAUCGUGGUCACUAGGCGUUGACACAGGACUUUAAUACGGCCUUAAAAUGUGUCUGAUCAGACAUCUGCAGGAAUCACUUUUGUCUUCAAGUACAGAUGCCGUCACUGAUUCACAUUAAGAGACUGUAUAUCCGUGUGUGUGAAUCCGAUCUCUUUUUUUUUCACGUCUCUCAGUACAGUAAACAGAACCUUGUGUUUAUUGAAGAACUAUAAAACAUUUUUAUCAACA